AUGGAUGACGGAAAUCAAACUUUGGUGAUCGAGUUUUUUUUCAUGGGCUUAACGAAUCAUUUCCAGCACCAGGUUGUACUCUUUGUGAUAUUUCUCUUGGUUUAUCUUGUCACUUUUCUGGGAAACUUGGGGAUGAUCACCCUCAUUUGGAUAGAUUCCCGACUCCACACCCCUAUGUACUUUUUUCUUAGCCACUUAUCCUUUGUGGAUGUGUGUUCCUCUUCUGUCAUAAGUCCCAAAAUGUUGACUGACAUCUUUGCCGAGACAAAAGUAAUCUCUUUCUUUGGUUGUGCAGCCCAGUUAUGGUUUUUUUGUCAGUUUGUAGUGACUGAGUGUUUCCUCCUGGCUUCCAUGGCAUAUGAUCGAUAUAUAGCUAUUUGUAAACCCUUGUUGUAUACACUCUUUAUGUCCCAGCAGGUUUGUGUGCAGCUGGUGGUAGGGCCAUAUACCAUAGGUCUUAUAAGUGCCAUGACCCAUACGACAUUUGCCUUUCGCCUACCUUAUUGUGGUCCAAAAAUCAUCAAUCACUUUUUCUGUGAUCUCCUCCCAGUUCUUUCUCUGGCAUGUGCAGAUACCCAGGUCAAUAAAUUUUUGCUUUUCAUCUUGGCUGGAGCCCUAGGAGUACUCAGUGGCUUGAUCAUCUUGGUCUCCUACAUUUACAUCAUCUUCACUAUCCUGAAGAUCCGCUCUGCUGAUGGGAGGUACAAAGCCUUCUCCACCUGCUCUUCUCACCUGACAGCUGUCUCUAUCCUUUAUGGGACACUCUUCUUUAUCUAUGUAUGUCCGAGCUCUGGCUUAUCCCUGAACAUCAAUAAAGUAGUGUCUGUGUUUUAUACAGCUAUGAUUCCCAUGUUAAAUCCACUUAUCUACAGCCUGAGAAACAAGGAAGUCAAGGAUUCAUUAAGAAAGAUGUUUGAAAGGAAGAAAUUCCUGAUGAGCAGAUAA